AUGAAUUUCUUUGUAGAAGCAGAGAAAAUUGAGAAAUAUUUCCUGAGAAAACGGAAAUAUUUGCAAGGAAAACAGAGACUUGUUUGUGAAGAAAAACGGAUAAAUAUUCAGGAAGAAAAUGGAAAUAUUUGCAGAGAAAAAGGAAGAUUCUUUGGAGGGGAAAUGGAGAACUGGCGACGCGCCCUAGCUGGAGGAUCCCCUUUCCCGCCAAAACAGCUCUUGGUGUUGGUCGGUCAGCAGCAGCAGCAGCAGUCUUUGGCAGCUAGUCCCGCUGGAUCGGCCUCUUCUUCGGGUCCUGUGUCGCUGGCCAGCUUCGCUUCUGGUGGCAGCAGCAGUGGAGGAGGAGGAGGAGGAGGAUGCGUAGCAGGACUAAAGAAAUUCCACUGCGAGUUCUGUGGCAAAGGAUUCCAGUGGCAGAGCAACCUGCAGCUGCACGUCAGAAGCCACACGGGAGAGAAGCCGUACCCCUGCAGUGAGUGUUCUUACCGGGCGACGCAGAGGUCUGACCUCACCAAGCACAUGCGGAUCCACACUGGAGAGAAGCCCUAUGCCUGUCCCCGAUGCCCUUACAGGGCGGCUUAUACCUCCUCCCUGAGGGACCACACUCUCCUGCACCAUGGGGGAUUCGAUGCGUCGGCUCUACAAACAUCGAGCCCUUCCAUUUCCUCCUCCUCCACCACCACGGUCACAACCCAACAGCCGCAAUGA